AAGUCAUGUAGUAUAGACAACUAGAAGAUGUUUACAAUAAAAUUAACAAGUUAGGCUUGAAGCCAAAUAAAAAUGUUUAAAAACAGAAAAUCUGAAGCACAUGCUUUUAAUUCUCAUUCCUGAAGGAGCCUUAUGGAGUCACUGAACCGGUGCAGUCGCCAGUUAUGGCUUUUCCAGUCACAGUGCAAUAGAUACAGUUCCAUUUGGAAAAUCAAGCGGUGAAGUUGUUCCAAAACAGUUUCUACCUCGUGUAGCUAUUUAUUUGUAGAUUUUGAUAAAGAACAAUGAGUGCCCCAGCAGUGGGUAUAGACCUGGGUACAACCUAUUCCUGCGUCGGGGUUUUCCAAAAUCACAAAGUUGAAAUCAUCGCCAACGACCAAGGAAACAGAACUACACCUUCGUAUGUCGCCUUUAAUGACACAGAGAGAUUGAUUGGAGAUGCCGCAAAAAAUCAGGUGGCAAUAAACCCCAAAAACACAGUAUUCGACGCCAAAAGGUUAAUCGGGCGGAAGUUUGAUGAUCCCAACGUCCAACAAGAUUUAAAGCAUUGGCCUUUCGAAGUUAUUUCCGAUGGUGGAAAGCCAAAAAUCGUGGUUGAAUACAAAGGACAGAAGAGAAGAUUUUCACCUGAAGAAAUAUCAUCUAUGGUUUUGUCGAAAAUGAAGGAAACUGCCGAGACUUACCUCGGUGGGAAAGUGAAAGAUGCAGUUAUUACAGUGCCAGCAUAUUUCAAUGAUUCUCAAAGACAAGCAACCAAAGACGCCGGCCAGAUAGCAGCACUGAAUGUCCUUCGAAUUAUCAAUGAGCCGACUGCGGCUGCGCUUGCUUACGGAUUAGAUAAAGAUCUACAAGGAGAUAAAAACGUCCUCAUUUUUGACCUCGGAGGUGGAACUUUUGAUGUUUCAGUUCUACAAAUUUCGGAAGGUUCCUUAUUUGAAGUCCGCUCAACUGCAGGAGAUACACAUUUAGGGGGCGAAGACUUUGAUUGCAGAAUGGUAGAUCAUUUUGCUCAGGAAUUCGAAAGGAAAUUCAAAAAGAAUAUCAAAGACAAUCCUAAAGCAUUACGGCGACUACGAACAGCUUGUGAAAGAGCAAAGCGAACCCUUUCGUCUAGUACAGAAGCUAGUUUGGAAAUCGAUGCAUUGCAUGAAGGAGUAGACUUCUAUUCUAAGAUCUCAAGGGCUCGUUUUGAAGAACUGUGUUCAGAUUUGUUCAGACAAACUCUUGCUCCUCUAGAGAAAGCUUUGAAAGAUGCUGGUCUUCAUACAAGAGAAAUACAUGACGUCGUGAUGGUGGGUGGGUCUACUAGAAUACCAAAAAUCCAAAGACUCUUACAGGACUUCUUCAGCGGGAAAACCCUAAAUCUUUCAAUCAACCCUGAUGAAGCGGUGGCUUAUGGUGCUGCAGUGCAGGCAGCCAUUUUGUCUGGUUCUCAAGACACCCGAUUGCAAGAUGUGUUGUUAGUAGACGUGGCUCCUUUAUCCCUCGGUAUCGAAACUGCUGGUGGUGUGAUGACGAAAAUUGUGGAUCGAAAUACCAGGAUUCCGACAGCACAGAAACAAACAUUCACCACGUAUGCUGACAAUCAACCGGCUGUAACUAUACAGGUAUAUGAGGGUGAAAGAGCUUUAACCAAAGAUAACAACCUUCUUGGGACUUUCAAUCUUACUGGUAUUCCACCUGCUCCAAGAGGUGUACCACAAAUUGAGGUCACCUUUGAUGUGGAUGCCAAUGGAAUCCUUAACGUUAACGCUGAAGACAGAAGCACUGGGCGGUCAGAGCAUAUCACUAUCUCCAAUGACAAAGGAAGACUGAGCAAGAAAGACAUAGAGAAGAUGUUACAAGACGCAGAGAAGUUCAAGGCGGAGGAUGACGCUGUUAGAAAGAAGGUGGAACUGAGGAACCAACUGGAGGGUUAUGUGUUUGGGUGCAAAACUGCAGUAGAGAAUGCAAGCAGUAGAAUAACGGCGAGCGAGCGAGAUACAGUGCUGAAGGAAUGCAACGACCAGCUGAGGUGGCUGGAGUCCAACCCUGACGCCUCCAAAGCUGAUUUAGAAAAGCAUUUAAAGGAUGCCCAGAAGGUCUGUCAACCAACUAUGAUGAAGCUUCACGGCUCGGUCGGCGCAGGAGGCCCAAGUUGCGCCAGGCCACAGAGCCCUGGAGGGCCCAGGGUCGAAGAGAUUGAUUAAAUACAACUUAUUAUUGUUC